CUCUCCCUCUCUUGUGCUGUCCCUCAUUCAUGCACUCUUCCAUCUUUUUGCCAUUGUGCCAGCUCAAUUUAAAUGUAUCUGCUCUGUAUCUGUUCAAGUGGAGAUAAUCCAUGCAAAUCAGGAGUCGUGGCUCUCAAUGCCUGGUUCACAGAGAGGACUCAGCUUGAGGAGGUCACUCGUUCACAGCCGCUCCUCCCAUUACAUUUUUCCCCUUAUUGCAGAACUGCUGUAUGUAUACAGUGACUGAAAGGACUCAAUUUACUGCAACUGCUGCCUGGCUUUACUUACAACUUUUUUUUUUUUUGUAAAGGAACUUACCUCCAUCUGUCUUUUCAAGCAGAAAUACUGUAAUCAAUCCAGACAGUUAUAUCUUCAGUUCCUCAGGUUUUAAUAAAGUUUCAGGGUAGAAAGAGUCCCUUUAACUCCUGAAGACAGUAAAUCACAGUCUGUGUGGUGGUUCUCAGAAGACACUUAAAGGACUGAACUGGAUGCUCUACAUAGCACCCUUGCCAAAAGGGUUCGGAAAUGACUUCCAGCUUCCCACAGUAAUAAAAUGGCACUGUUUGGCAUCUUCGAGGUUACAGACCACUUACUCUAAACUUCACAAAUGGUUCUGAAGAGUAUGGAGCCUACGUAGACUCAUAAGAGCCCAAUGUUUCCAAAGGACAUUGAUUUUGGUUUCUCCAAUGAAGGCUUGUGGCUGUCCUUAUGCUUUACAAAACAUUACCAAAUCAGAGCCGAAAAGAAAACCGGUAUUUAUGGCACAAUGAAAAAUUUCAUCUUUCCCAGAAUGAUAUGAAGAUCAAUGAUGCAGACUGAUGGUUUUGAUGAAGCUGGGCAUUUUUAACUAGAUUCAUUAAGGAAUACAAAGAAAAUAUUUAAAGGGAUCAAUAAUGGUGUCUUCUGGUUGCAGAAUGCGAAGUCUGUGGUUUAUCAUUGUAAUCAGCUUCUUACCGAAUUCAGAAGGUUUCAGCAGAGCAGCUUUACCAUUUGGGCUGGUGAGGCGAGAAUUAUCCUGUGAAGGUUAUUCUAUAGAUCUGCGAUGCCCGGGCAGUGAUGUCAUCAUGAUUGAGAGCGCUAACUAUGGUCGGACGGAUGACAAGAUUUGUGAUGCUGACCCAUUUCAGAUGGAGAAUACAGACUGCUACCUCCCCGAUGCCUUCAAAAUUAUGACUCAAAGGUGCAACAAUCGAACACAGUGUAUAGUAAUUACUGGGUCAGAUGUGUUUCCUGAUCCAUGUCCUGGAACAUACAAAUACCUUGAGGUCCAAUAUGAAUGUGUCCCUUACAAAGUGGAGCAAAAAGUUUUUGUAUGUCCUGGGACCUUGAAAGCAAUUGUGGACUCACCAUGUAUAUAUGAAGCUGAACAAAAGGCGGGUGCUUGGUGCAAGGACCCUCUUCAGGCUGCAGAUAAAAUUUAUUUCAUGCCCUGGACUCCAUAUCGUACCGAUACUUUAAUAGAAUAUGCUUCUUUAGAAGAUUUCCAAAAUAGUCGCCAAACAACAACAUAUAAACUUCCAAAUCGAGUAGAUGGUACUGGAUUUGUGGUAUAUGAUGGUGCUGUCUUCUUUAACAAAGAAAGAACGAGGAAUAUUGUGAAAUUUGACUUGAGGACUAGAAUUAAGAGUGGCGAGGCCAUAAUUAACUAUGCCAACUACCAUGAUACCUCACCAUACAGAUGGGGAGGAAAGACUGAUAUCGACCUAGCAGUUGAUGAAAAUGGCUUAUGGGUCAUUUAUGCCACUGAACAGAACAAUGGAAUGAUAGUUAUCAGCCAGCUGAACCCAUACACUCUUCGAUUUGAAGCAACGUGGGAGACUGUAUAUGACAAACGUGCCGCAUCAAAUGCUUUUAUGAUAUGCGGAGUCCUCUAUGUGGUUAGGUCAGUUUAUCAAGACAAUGAAAGUGAAACAGGCAAGAACUCAAUUGAUUACAUUUAUAAUACCCGAUUAAACCGAGGAGAAUAUGUAGAUGUUCCCUUCCCCAACCAGUAUCAGUAUAUUGCUGCAGUGGAUUACAAUCCAAGAGAUAACCAACUGUACGUGUGGAACAAUAACUUCAUUUUACGGUAUUCUCUGGAGUUUGGUCCACCUGAUCCUGCCCAAGUGCCUACCACAGCUGUGACAAUAACUUCUUCAGCUGAGCUGUUCAAAACCACAGUAUCAACCACAAGCACUACUUCACAGAAAGGCCCCAUGAGCACAACUGUAGCUGGAUCACAGGAAGGAAGCAAAGGGACAAAACCACCUCCAGCAGUUUCUACAACCAAAAUUCCACCUGUAACAAAUAUUUUUCCCCUGCCAGAGAGAUUCUGUGAAGCAUUAGACUCCAAGGGGAUAAAGUGGCCUCAGACACAAAGGGGAAUGAUGGUUGAACGACCAUGCCCCAAGGGAACAAGAGGAACUGCCUCAUAUCUCUGCAUGAUUUCCACUGGAACAUGGAACCCUAAGGGCCCCGAUCUUAGCAACUGUACCUCACACUGGGUGAAUCAGCUGGCUCAGAAGAUCAGAAGUGGAGAAAAUGCUGCUAGUCUUGCCAAUGAACUGGCUAAACAUACCAAAGGGCCAGUGUUUGCUGGGGAUGUGAGUUCUUCAGUGAGGUUGAUGGAGCAGUUGGUGGACAUCCUUGAUGCACAGCUGCAGGAACUGAAGCCUAGUGAAAAAGAUUCAGCUGGACGGAGUUAUAACAAGCUCCAAAAACGAGAGAAGACAUGCAGGGCUUACCUUAAGGCAAUUGUUGACACAGUGGACAACCUUCUGAGACCUGAAGCUUUGGAAUCAUGGAAACAUAUGAAUUCUUCUGAACAAGCACAUACUGCAACAAUGUUACUCGAUACAUUGGAAGAAGGAGCUUUUGUCCUAGCUGACAAUCUUUUAGAACCAACAAGGGUCUCAAUGCCCACAGAAAAUAUUGUCCUGGAAGUUGCCGUACUCAGUACAGAAGGACAAAUCCAGGACUUUAAAUUUCCUCUGGGCAUCAAAGGAGCAGGCAGCUCAAUCCAGCUCUCUGCAAAUACCGUCAAACAGAACAGCAGGAACGGGCUUGCAAAGUUGGUGUUCAUCAUUUACCGGAGCCUGGGACAGUUCCUUAGUACAGAAAAUGCAACCAUUAAACUGGGUGCUGACUUUAUUGGUCGUAAUAGCACCAUUGCAGUGAAUUCUCACGUCAUUUCAGUUUCAAUCAAUAAAGAGUCCAGCCGAGUAUACCUGACUGAUCCUGUGCUUUUUACCCUGCCACACAUUGAUCCUGACAAUUAUUUCAAUGCAAACUGCUCCUUCUGGAACUACUCAGAGAGAACUAUGAUGGGAUAUUGGUCUACCCAGGGCUGCAAGCUGGUUGACACUAAUAAAACUCGAACAACGUGUGCAUGCAGCCACCUAACCAAUUUUGCAAUCCUCAUGGCCCACAGGGAAAUUGCAUAUAAAGAUGGCGUUCAUGAAUUACUUCUUACAGUCAUCACCUGGGUGGGAAUUGUCAUUUCCCUUGUUUGCCUGGCUAUCUGCAUCUUCACCUUCUGCUUUUUCCGUGGCCUACAGAGCGACCGAAAUACUAUUCACAAGAACCUUUGUAUCAAUCUUUUCAUUGCUGAAUUUAUUUUCCUAAUAGGCAUUGAUAAGACAAAAUAUGCGAUUGCAUGCCCAAUAUUUGCAGGACUUCUACACUUUUUCUUUUUGGCAGCUUUUGCUUGGAUGUGCCUAGAAGGUGUGCAGCUCUAUCUAAUGUUAGUUGAAGUUUUUGAAAGUGAAUAUUCAAGGAAAAAAUAUUACUAUGUUGCUGGUUACUUGUUUCCUGCCACAGUUGUUGGAGUUUCAGCUGCUAUUGACUAUAAGAGCUAUGGAACAGAAAAAGCUUGCUGGCUUCAUGUUGAUAACUACUUUAUAUGGAGCUUCAUUGGACCUGUUACCUUCAUUAUUCUGCUAAAUAUUAUCUUCUUGGUGAUCACAUUGUGCAAAAUGGUGAAGCAUUCAAACACUUUGAAACCAGAUUCUAGCAGGUUGGAAAACAUUAAUAAUUACCGUGUUUGUGAUGGCUACUAUAAUACGGACUUACCUGGGUCUUGGGUGCUUGGCGCUUUCGCUCUUCUGUGUCUUCUUGGCCUCACCUGGUCAUUUGGGUUGCUUUUUAUUAAUGAGGAGACUAUUGUGAUGGCAUAUCUCUUCACCAUAUUUAAUGCUUUCCAGGGAGUGUUCAUUUUCAUCUUUCACUGUGCUCUCCAAAAGAAAGUACGAAAAGAAUAUGGCAAGUGCUUCAGACACUCAUACUGCUGUGGAGGCCUCCCAACUGAGAGUCCCCACAGUUCAGUGAAGGCAUCAACCACCAGAACCAGUGCUCGCUAUUCCUCUGGCACACAGAGUCGUAUAAGAAGAAUGUGGAAUGAUACUGUGAGAAAACAAUCUGAAUCUUCUUUUAUCUCAGGUGACAUCAAUAGCACUUCAACACUUAAUCAAGGAAUGACUGGCAAUUACCUACUAACAAACCCUCUUCUUCGACCCCACGGCACUAACAACCCCUAUAACACAUUGCUCGCCGAAACAGUUGUAUGUAAUGCCCCUUCAGCUCCUGUAUUUAACUCACCAGCAACCUACAGAGAGACAAGACAUUCACUGAACAAUGCCAGGGAUACAAGUGCCAUGGAUACUCUACCGCUAAAUGGUAAUUUUAACAACAGCUACUCGCUGCGCAAGGGUGAUUAUAAUGACAGCGUGCAAGUUGUGGACUGUGGACUAAGUCUGAAUGAUACUGCUUUUGAGAAAAUGAUCAUUUCAGAAUUAGUGCACAACAACUUACGGGGCAGCAGCAAGACUCACAACCUCGAGCUCACGCUACCAGUCAAACCUGUGAUUGGAGGUAGCAGCAGUGAAGAUGAUGCUAUUGUGGCAGAUGCUUCAUCUUUAAUGCACAGCGACAACCCAGGGCUGGAGCUCCAUCACAAAGAACUCAAGGCACCGCUUAUUCCUCAGCGGACUCACUCCCUUCUGUACCAACCCCAGAAGAAAGUGAAGUCUGAGGGAACUGACAGCUAUGUCUCCCAGCUGACAGCAGAGGCUGAAGAUCACCUACAGUCCCCCAACAGAGACUCUCUUUAUACAAGCAUGCCCAAUCUUAGAGACUCUCCCUAUCCGGAGAGCAGCCCUGACAUGGAAGAAGACCUCUCUCCCUCCAGGAGGAGUGAGAAUGAGGACAUUUACUAUAAAAGCAUGCCAAAUCUUGGGGCUGGCCAUCAGCUUCAGAUGUGCUACCAGAUCAGCAGGGGCAAUAGUGAUGGUUAUAUAAUCCCCAUUAACAAAGAAGGAUGUAUUCCAGAAGGAGAUGUUAGAGAAGGACAAAUGCAGCUGGUUACAAGUCUUUAAUCAUACAGCUAAGGAAUUCCAAGGGCCACAUGAAAGUAUUAAUAAAUAAAGACACCAUUGGCCUAACGCAGCUCCCUCAAACUCGGCUUGAAGAGAUGACUCUUGACCUGUGGUUCUCCAGUGUAAAAAAGAUGACUGAACCUUGCAGUUCUGUGAAUUUUUAUAAAACAUACAAAAACUUUGUAUAUACACAGAGUAUACUAAAGUGAAUUAUUUGUUACAAAGAAAAGAGAUGCCAACCAGGUAUUUUAAGAUUCUGCUGCUGUUUAGAGAAAUUGUGAAACAAGCAAAACAAAACUUUCCAGCCAUUUUACUGCAGCAAUCUGUGAACUGAAUUUGUAAAUAUGGCUGCACCAUUUUUGUAGGCCUGCAUUGUAUUAUAUACAAGACGUAGGCUUUAAAAUCCUGUGGGACAAAUUUACUGUACCUUACUAUUCCUGACAAGACUUGGAAAAGCAGGAGAGAUAUUCUGCAUCAGUUUGCAGUUCACUGCAAAUCUUUUACAUUAAGGCAAAGAUUGAAAACAUGCUUAACCACUAGCAAUCAAGCCACAGGCCUUAUUUCAUAUGUUUCCUCAACUGUACAAUGAACUAUUCUCAUGAAAAAUGGCUAAAGAAAUUAUAUUUUGUUCUAUUGCUAGGGUAAAAUAAAUACAUUUGUGUCCAACUGAAAUAUAAUUGUCAUUAAAAUAAUUUUAAAGAGUGAAGAAAAUAUUGUGAAAAGCUCUUGGUUGCACAUGUUAUGAAAUGUUUUUUCUUACACUUUGUCAUGGUAAGUUCUACCCAUUUUCACUUCUUUUCCACUGUGUACAGUGUUCUGCUUUGAGAAGUUAGUCUUUAUUACUUACAUUUAAAUUUCUUAUUGCCAAAAGAACGUGUUUUAUGGGGAGAAACAAACUCUUUGAAGCCAGUUAUGCCAUGCCUUGCACAAAAGUGGUGAAAUCUAGAAAAGAUUGUGUGUCACCCCUGUUUAUUCUUGAACAGAGGGCAAAGAGGGCACUGGGCACUUCUCACAAACUUUCUAGUGAACAAAAGGUGCCUAUUCUUUUUUAAAAAAAUAAAAUAAAACAUAAAUAUUACUCUUCCAUAUUCCUUCUGCCUAUAUUUAGUAAUUAAUUUAUUUUAUGAUAAAGUUCUAAUGAAAUGUAAAUUGUUUCAGCAAAAUUCUGCUUUUUUUUCAUCCCUUUGUGUAAACCUGUUAAUAAUGAGCCCAUCACUAAUAUCCAGUGUAAAGUUUAACACGGUUUGACAGUAAAUAAAUGUGAAUUUUUUCAAGUAGU